AUGGAUUGCUUGCCGUUCUACUACUUGAUGAUCUUGUCGAUCUUCUUCGUCGCUUCUUUCGACGGCAGUACAGCCGCCGGCUGCAGUGGUAGGCUCCGAUUGAGAGCCAGCGAUGUGGCCAAGGCAGAGGCCCAAAUUGAUCUCAGUCAACUGAGCGAGAAGCAAUUGCAGCAGUUGGUCCAACAGUUGGCCGUUCUACAGACCAAACAAGAAGAAGAAUCGCUUGAGGAUCAGGACUUUGAGGACCUACAGCAGGAUGAGGACGACCAUCGGGGCAGCAGUCGACCCUGGAACAAGAUCCAGCGCAUAAUUCGUCGCCAGUUGGUGCGCAUACCGAAGCGUUAUCUCAAGAAACUACUCCGCCAGUUUGGAUUGGCUCGAAACAUCGGUGGCAGUAAUGUAAGGGCUGUGGACUUGGCUCCUCGGGCUGAUGAGUACUAUCUAAUACCGCUGGAGUGA